AUGUCAUCAGAAUUGAAAAACCUCGCUGAAAACCCUGUUCAUACUAAAGUAUGUUUUGAUGAUUUGGACGAACUAAUUUCUUCUGUGGCCGCUGAAGAAAAAGAAUUGAAGAUGAAAAUGGAAAAAAAAAAUUCAAAUGGAACAGAGGACAAAACACAAGAGUCAAAUGGUUUAGCUGAUCUUAAAAAUGAAAAUGAGCUUAAAAAUAUAAAUGAAUUAGAAGAUAAAUCAGUAGCCAUGAAAAAUGAAAAUGGAAAUGAAGAGAAAAAAAGUGAUGAAGAUGACAAUCAUCUUGAGUUUAAAGACAGCCAAAAUAAUUCUGAAGAUGGUAAAGAAGAGCUGGAAUUAUCUGAAAUGAUUGUUUGUGACGAAGUAGCUGGUGAUAGUGAUGAAGAUGAUAACAAAAUAGAAGUUGAAGCAACAAAUGCAAAUGAUAAAGAUAAGUAUGAAAAAGAUACCAAAAAAAUUAAAAAAGACACAAAAGAAAAAGAAAGCAACAAGAAAAAAUAUGAUAAGAAAUCAGAUUCUAAGUCAAAAGAUCGAUCAAGGAAAGAAGAUUCAAAAAGAGUUGACAAAAAACGUUCAAGAACACCAAGCAAAGAAAGAUCAAGCAAGGAUAGUUCAUUGAAGAAAAGAUCAAAAACUAUUGAUAAAGAAAAGGAAUCCAAAAAACUUAGAGAACUUGAUAAGUUUUGGCAAACUGUGCGUGAUGAUCCAUCUGACUUUAUUGGUUGGACCUACUUAUUACAAUAUGUUGAUGGAGCGAAAAAUAUUGAAGCUGCACGUGAAGCUUAUGAUGCCUUUUUAGAUUUAUAUCCAUAUUGUUAUGGUUAUUGGAGAAAAUAUGCAGACUAUGAAAGAAAAAAUGGAACUAAAGAAAACUGCGAAAAAGUAUUUGAUCGUGGCUUAAAAGCUAUACCAUUGAGUGUUGACUUAUGGAUUCAUUAUAUGGGUUAUAUGAAAUCAGCAUAUCCAGACGAUGAAGAUAUGAUAAGGGAACAAUUUGAAAGGGCAGUAGAAGCUUGUGGAAUUGAAUUUAGAUCGGAUCGAUUAUGGGAUCAUUACAUUAAGUUUGAAUUGGAAUGCAAACAAUAUUCAAGAGUUACAGAUAUUUAUGAACGUCUAAUUGCUACCCCCACUCAUGGAUUUUUAAAUAAUUUUGAAUGUUUCAAAGAUAUGUUAAAAAGUAUCCUAAAACAAAAUAUUGGAGGCUGUUUAAAUUUUGGAGUUAGAAAAGAAGUAUUAGCCGAGAUUAAGGAAGCUGAUGCUAAAAAAACCCAUGGUAGAAAAAUUGAUUCUGGUUCUGACUCUGAUGACAUGGCAGAUCCUAUGGAACAACGCACCAAGGAAGAAAAUUAA